CCAACGGAGAGACAAUAGAGGAACAGCAGAGGAUCUGACAGCCGCUCACCCGCGGUGUGCACAGGAGUCAACAGCGUUUCAUCCAGGCUCCGAGCAAAAUAACAGACUGGACAGAUGAAAUUGUUGAUGAUGUCCGAAUAAUUCACUUUAAUAAGCACUACGGAAUGACAGUCAGGGAUUGCGCAUCAUUUCUCCAUUGAAAGAUUUGUUACUCAUCUCCAUUGUUGUGUCUCUCUGGAACGAUGAGCUCCUCGCCGCUCGUGUCCCGUUCCUCCAAUGACAUCCUGGAGGAGCUGCAGCUCAUCACCGCCAAAAACCUGGAGAAGCUGGACUUCAAUAAGUACUAUGAGGUCAUCCGGGAGCUCGGCAAAGGCACCUACGGCAAAGUGGACCUCGUCGUCCACAAGAUCAGAGGCACAAAAAUGGCUCUGAAGUUCUUGCGGAAGAAAACCACCAAGCUGAAGAGUUUCCUGCGCGAGUACAGCAUCUCUCUCUACCUGUCACCCUGCCAUUUCAUCAUCAACAUGUACGGCAUCGCCUUCGAGACUGACGAAUACUACAUUUUCGCUCAGGAGUACGCGCCGGCUGGAGAUCUCUUUGACAUCAUUCCUCCCCAGGUGGGACUGCCGGAGAACGUUGCCAAGCGCUGCGUACACCAGGUGGCUAUUGCACUGGAUUACCUGCACUGCAAGAAGCUGGUGCAUCGUGACAUAAAGCCAGAGAACGUCCUGAUCUUUGAUAAGGAGUGCCGGAAGGUAAAGCUGUCAGACUUCGGGAUGACAAGGCGAGCCGGUUCUCCAGUCAAACGAGUAAGCGGGACCAUCCCAUACACGGCACCAGAACUCUGUGACCCAGGCCGGCAGGAGGGUUUGUGUGUGGACUACAGCACUGAUGUGUGGGCAUUUGGCGUGCUUCUGUUCUGCAUGCUCACCGGGAAUUUCCCCUGGGAGAAAGCGCUGCCCUCGGAUGCUUUCUACGAGGAGUUUGUGCGCUGGCAGCAGCGGAGGCGGCGCAGCAGUUCGGUGCCCUCACAAUGGCGACGGUUCACUGAAGAGGCGCUCUGUAUGUUUCGAUGCCUGCUGUCCAUCGAGCAGGACCGCCGAUGCUCCGUCAAAGAGGUGUUUAGCUACUUUAACCACUGCUGGAUGCUUGAUACUGAGAACGGCAACACCACCCAUAUCUCAAGCAGUAACGGCAACAGUGGCACGGUGAUGAACGGCCGCCAGGCUGAGCUCAGCUCUUCCUCCUCUGAGGAGGACGAUCUGGUAGACCGCUUAAACAAGCAGAGCUUGUCGCCUGUGUGCGGGGUGACCAAAGGAGGCAUCAUCAUGGAGCCAGUGACCACACACUACUCCUCAACAUCCACAAACAGCCCUGCUUCCUCCACCGGAGGUUAUGAGCGUGUGUCCCGUGACAAUAACGGCAACAGUGGGCGCAUUCUAGUCACGACACCAAUCGAAAUAUGCGUGUAGAGACAUCGCCGACUUUAAUCUUGCACAUAUACACAUGGGAUGACCAAAACAAGUCAAGUCCUCGUGAAGCAAACACAUAGAGGGAAAAGGCGGUAGCUGGUGCACUAGAUCAUCUCAAGAAGAGCCACUGCUUGAACGUUUUCCUGAUGACGAGUACCUCUGAGGGAAUGUGUAAGACAAUCGCCAAAGAUUGUGUCUCAACCACGUUUUCCACGUAUAUUAAGACCAAAAUGAAAGUUUUGUACUCUUUAGAAGAAAGCAGAAUGAAAAACUGAAGCAAUAUGUCGAGGUGAAGAGAUUUUUACAAACAUUUCACGUGGAGACAGGCGGUUUCUGAAGCACAGUGAGAAACGUGUCGGUAUUGUUUUGUGCUUGUGUGUAUCCCUGUGGUCAGUGGAUAUUGGACUUUGGAAGCUUAUUGGUUACUUGAUAAAUGUUGUACUAUUCAUUUUCAGUCUUCAGUCUUUCUGUUAUUUAUUUAAUAUUGUAGCAUUACAAUGUUUUAAUUUGCAGAGAAACUGCACUGUCAAAUAUCAAAUUGCUCACCAUUACACCAAAACUGGCAAGAAAGUCACUUGGGGCCAUUUACACAACACAAUCGUCAACUAAAAACUGAAUAUUCUCCAGAAAAUUGUUCUGACUGUUGUGAUAACAGUCUUACUUAAUGCCUAUGUGUUACUGAAAACUAGAGCACCAAACUCUAAAACAGCAAUGGUUGGCUGCUGGACUGUUUCUUCAGAAAGUGACAUCACCUCCCUGUUGGCCUGGCAAUCACAAUGCAGCAUUACACCUUGAGCUAAUCCUUCCCUUUUCUUUUGUACGUUCAUUGUUGUCAAGAAAACAUAGACCACUCUAA